GUCGGUUAAGGCACAUGCAAAAUCGACAAAACCAUUCAGACUGCAUGCUGAAAAUCAAUUUAUCGCCAUGACACUACAAAACAAAAGCGCAACAACACAGUGAUAAUUAUGUUUUUUCACCUGUUCAAACAGGUUGUUGUGCUUGCGCCUCAUGAACAUUUUCCGUCAUUAGAUCGUCAAUACACUAAGAAUAACAGACCUUUAAUGGAUCAGGAAAAUAUCAACAUCCUUACGAAAUGUGUUGUAACAGACGUAAUAUGAAAAGGAACUCAAACAGAACAAUAGCGUUGCACAUACGUAUUAAUAUAGAGUGAAGAGAUGGAUAACAAUGAGAAGAGAUCCCAUUGCGUACCAAAACCACCACCAAAAUCACGGUUUAAUGACGACGAGUCGUCAGCAGUGUUCCGACUGUUGUUGAAACAAGAGAAAAUUCUGAAGGACAGGGAGAACAAUCCAGCACUAAAACUUACACCAGAGAAAUCUAUUCGUUGUUUACCUCCGGUAGCAAACGGUAUGGAAAGGAAUCAAGAGGAAAACAAGAUAAAUGGUAAGGGAGAAAGUGACGUAAUCUUAUCUAGUAAACAACAGUCGCUACCUUUGGCAAGACCAGCAUCAAUAGGUGGAAUAUUUCGAAGUCCAAAAUUGGCAAGAGUUAAAGACAGACCUAAAGGUUCGUACGGUUGCAGACAACUAAAACAUAAACAAACAACAGAGCAACAAUACGAUCAACAACAACUCACACAACAUGGUCAACAAGAACAACAGCAACUAACACAACAUGAAAAGCAUGAAAAACAAGAACAGCAGCAACUUACACAACAUGACAAACCAGAGCAACAGCAAAGCAUUCAAGAUAAUCGACAAGAGCAACAGCAGCAACGACUAGUAAAUACUGGGGAAGAAAAACGACAAACUCAUCAGCAGCAGGAAAAUGAAUUACAGAACCAAAUACUACAAUGCAGAGAACAACAACAAAAGCCCCAACUACAGCAACACCAAGAGCAAGAGCAACAAGGACAACGAUCAAAACAACGACAACAAAUGCAUACUCAGAGCAAAAGCUUCAACGAAUGGGAAAGGAAACGCUCGUAUCAAGAAACUAUUGCAAGGUUAAAGGAACAAACACAAAGGUUUGGAGGAAGACGUAGUUUGACGAGGACAAGAAGCUGUCCAGCACCUUCAAGGAGUCUUGAAACACACAUUCCGCCCAUUUCUUCAAACAAAACUUGGACUGAAUCAACAAUCGCAGAGUCUAUGAACAAGUUCACCUGGAGAAAUACACAGUUUCCAAAAUAAUUGCAUGCGGAUGUGUUAAAAAAUGUUCAUUGAUAGGAUGUAAUACAAACGUUAUGUUCAUAUCCAUACUAGCUUUAUUGCUUAGUCUUUAGGUAGUACUGUGAACAACAAAUUAUUAGAUGGUGCUUAAAGUGUUUGUUUGUAUGAAAUAAUCUUCAAAACUGAAGUAUCCAAAACUUGGUUCUCUGACAGAUCUUUAUUUGCUUAUUCAAGAAACGUGACGAUAUAUUGAACAGGUCAUUUUGACAGCAGGUAAAUAAUGAUAGGAAUAAUCAUGCAAAGUCGUGUUUGAUGCUAUAGAAUACUUAUGAUCACAAUCACUAUAAAGUAAAUGGUUUAAACCCGGGA